UGAGUCCACGAUUUGGAAGAACUGCUGAUCGCGAUAUUGUGCCAAAAAGCACGUUCUUGAGAGUUCGUGUGAAUCGAUAAGCCAACCCAUGCCGGUGGCUUGGAGUACGUCAUGGAUGCUGGUACAUCUGGAGACCCCGGAUUUAAGAUUCUGGGCCUGCGCAAGUUUCGGUACUUGGCUGUCAAACAAAAGAUCAGCUUCCGGAAGUUGCAACUUGCAAGUUGAUCGAUACUCUGUUGUUCAACAUGUUUGCCAAAACUAUCUUGACUGUCGCCGCUGCUCUGGGCGUUGCCAGUGCGCAGACUGGACCUGGCUUCCCCGUGCCUGCAUCCCAGAGCCUCGUCGUGAGAUUUGGGAACAACACUGUCUCCCCUGCUGGAGAGCUGAUUCCUCGUCCUGAAACCGCCAACCCUCCCAACAUCAGCGUUACAGCCUGGCCGACGUUGUCCAACAACAAUGACACUACUCCACCACCUGGUGUCCUCCUCAUUGUGGACCUUGACGUCCCACGCAACGGCUCUCGAGUCCAGCUUGUGCACUGGGUUGCCUCAAACGUGACUCUCGGACCUCGCGUCUCUACCUCGAACUCGACACCCCUCGUCAUCCCAAACGCGCCAGUACCCUACCUGCAGCCAUCUCCUCCUGUAGGCGAUGUACCGCACUCAUACAACGUCGUGGUGUUCCAGCAGCCCGCUAACUUCUCCAUCCCUGCGCAGUACAGCAACCUCACUAACAACCGCGUACCCUUCAACGUCAGUCAAUUCGUCCGCGACACUGGGCUGGGUCAACCGAUCGGCGGCAGCUACUUCCAGGUGCAGAACUUGACUGGAACGCCUACCACUACUUAUCCGCCAGCGAGGUCUCCUACGUCGACUAGUGGUGGUAAUGGAAGCUCGCCAGCGCCGUUUCCUGGUGCUGCGGCACAGUUGGUGGGAGACAGGGCAUUAUGGGUUGGUAUUUCGACCAUAUUAAUUGCUGGAUGCGCUGCUUUCGCCUUGUAGAGGUUAGAAUCGGGGCCACAUGUAGAAGCAGAUGAUAAUAUGAAGCAACAAUGAAGGUGCAUUUGAGUGAAUGCUGGCCCACGUGCAUCGCUGAUGUCAUCGAGCACUAAACCCGUUGAGCCGCGCGCGGUUAAGAAUGCGAGAUCGCUGGUCAUUGGCGGGGUGGUGGGGUAGCAAUUCAGAGUCAAUAAGGGCGCAACAAACAUCAAUUGCGCGCCCGGGAUUGACUGUACGCGUCUCCAGAGCAAAUGGCUGUAGUUUGAACGAAUGAAUGAAUCGCUCUUGUUUGAGCUACAACAACCCCUAUCUCGCUGCAUCGACGUUUGCGUCGCGACUUUUCCGACGCGCAAAUCUUCUGAUUGGACCAACCAAUUAACGAAAAGUUGCAGGCGGCCA